GUUCGAGGAUGACACCUUUCCUGCUGAUAUCAGCUCCAUUGGUCCUAACCUGCUCCCAAAGGAUGAGCUGCAGCAAAUAGUGUGGAAGAGGCCAAGGGACAUGUGGGAGGAAGUUGACCUAUUGACAGCAUCUUCUUCUGCAUGUCUAGUGUGUGAACUGCCUUUUGCAGACCAGGGCAGCAAGGAGAGGGAUGCUGUAAACAUCUGUUUCGACCUGAAAAGUGAGCUGAUUUGGGAUGGGAGUUCCUGGAGGGGUAGGUCAGUCAUCUGAAAUGUCCCUUUUCCUAACUGUGCAGUAGUUGUGGCUUUCCAUUAGAUGGGAAUUGCUCCAGACCUGUUUUCAACACCAAGCCCUCAUGGUAGAGAUUUUUGCAUGUGGUGCUUCAAGCAUUAAUCAUCCCUCAGUGAAGACUUGGGGAACAUCUGCUGCUGCACUCAGUAUCUAAAAAGUAUUGGGGAAAACAGUAAAAUUUCAGACAAUGCUUGUCUUAUGGGACUCACUACUUAUUUAAGUCAUAGACGUUUCAUUAUUUGAUACAGUCAUUUUGCAGAAGGGCUUUCCCACAUUUGACCUCUCCACUCCUCUGCCCUUUGCAAAGUAGGUGCAGGUAUUUCAGGAACAGAAUGCUUAUCCUAAUUCUACACUUCUUUGGGUGAUGCUUUGUUUAUUGGCACUUUCUUUAAUUCCCAGAGAUUUCCCGGAAACAGCAUCAACAUUAAAGAAAUCUGAACACAGAAACUGAAUAAACAGAACCGAGCCGUUAAAAAAAAGAGGGUUUUGGAAUUAGGAUCUUUGCACACAGCUAAGCUGAGCUGCAGUUCCUGCUGCAUCAGUCUUGGCUUAUCUGUAGCCAGAGGGGAGAAACAGACAACUUCUAUUCAGACAAUAAAGCAGAUGGUAGCUUGGAGUUAACCUAAAAACUUAGCUUUAAUGGCAUGGGGGAGGAAUGCAGAAACACCUAUCAAAUACAAAGAAAUAAAAAUAGAGAAAACAAAUGUACAUAGUCGUGUAAGCUGCCUUAAGCAAACUAUGGAAAUGUGAGGCUCCCUUAUAUCCUGUUCAGUAUUUCUCCUUUCAAAGUCUUGAGGUUUGUCCCCUGUUUACCUCCUUUGUUUGUAGUUGCCAUUGUGUUUUAGGCUGAACCACACAAAGGAGUUGCAGGUGCAAUCUGAAUGGGUUUCUGCCUCCAGUGAUGCCUGUUCUCCAGCAGGGCUUUCCUCUCAGGCUGGUGGGCUCCCUUCUGUGCUGUCCAAGCACCUCUAUCCCAGCUGAGACAGAGAGCUGGGGCAGGUUUUGAAGGCACUGAGGUAUUUGUGCUGAAAAGAUGUGAACGGGAAUUGAGUUAUCCUGCUGCAAAGCAAGAAAUUGAGUUCUGGUGGUGCAGGCAAAACCCCUUAAGAUUAGCCUGUUUUUUCACAUCUAACUGUUGAUAGAGCCUCGAGACAAGAAAGUCCUUUGACCCCCAGUGGAUGGAAUAUAUAUGGAUGUAUGCAGGAGGAGCAGCAGAGCUUACUUUUCACCACCCUAUCAGACAGCACUGCAAUGGGCAGACCUUUGGUCUGAGCCAGCGCUGCGCAUUCCUUGUUCUUCCUUCCCUUGUUAGUCUGACUGGUUCACUUCUGUGCUGGCUACUCUGUGGAGGUUUCCUGUGGAUUCGGGUGUGCACCAUCAGUGUAUGCCUGAUUCAUCCUCAGCACAGAGCUAGGAAAUUCCCUCAGCAUGGAGAACAGCGGUAGCAGCUUUGCCUCUUAAUCCAGAGCAAUGCUGUAACAGGCACAGCAGUGUUGCUGAAUUAAGAUUUGUCUAGCUGCGAGGAGAGUUUAGCUUCCAAACAACACCAAUCUUUUUAUUGUUCUUCGCUUCCAGGACACUAAUAAGCCACAAAUAAAAAUAUAUCUUCUUCAGAGUUAAAGUUACAGCAACAAGCUCAAGCUGGGUGUUUCUGAGGAAAGACUGCAAGCAAAGAAAUCCCUAGGCAGUUUUGCCCUUACACUCUACAUUCCCAGGCCCUCACCUGGCAGUCCAAUAGUACCAAUAUCUGAAAGUCUUUCUGCUUUGGAUUGGUUCCAUUCAUUGUCUCUAGGUGAGCUGUUUUCUCCUGUCUGCAGGACUUAUGACUGCUGAUGGCUGUGGUCUGUCAAUGCAAUUUUUCUUAAUUUCUUAUUUUCCAGUUGGAGCUGGCUCUGUAGCCCUCCUUACUUGCAGAUGUGUAAAAGUUCAUCAGUCUUAGGCUUCUGCUAAUUUAGCUACUAGUGCUAAGCAGGAUCCAUACAGCAUUCUAUUAUACAGGUAGUGUACCAAACACAGAAAUGGAAUAACCCAGGGGAAAAUACUACAGAGCCUCAUAAUGGUUUCUUGUGAAACACAGCAAACUUUCAAGAAACGUAAAUCUAGCUUCUGUGUUUAUCAUGCAAUUUGAGUGCUAAUGGAUUGUGAAGUCUGCAUACCAAUGUGCAAAAUAACUAGGCACAUAGCUAUGCUUUCAAUAACAGCCAGUAGUUCCUGAUGCUUUAUGCCCACUAUAUUUCCUUGGAAGAAUGAGGAACUAAUUGGAGACUUCCUUUCCUCCCUUUCCUUCUGCUGGAAAAGGGCUAGGUUUCUAAAGUGCUGCUCCCAUCACAAACGUAGAUUAGACUAGAAUAGAAGAAUAGUUGAGUUGAAAGGGACAUACAGAUUAGGUCCAGCUGCCUGACCGCCUCGGGGCUAACCAAAAGUUAAAGCAUGUUAAUGAGGACAUUAUCUGCUUUGGCAGUGGGGUUGGACACGAAGAUCUCUGGAGGUCCCUUCCAACCCCUACAAUUCUGUGAUGAUCCAAAUGCCUCUUGAUCACUGACAGCCAUGGGGAAUUCACCACCUCGCUAGGAAUCCAAUUCCAUGAAAACUUUAUGGUUUGGCAGCUGGGCACAGAGCCCUCUGAAAGGUGUUUGUAGCGUUGGACAAACCCAAAUGAGAAGCCAGUUAGGGACUCAGAAAGGGGCAGGAACUUGUGGCUGGCAGAGGCUGGGUCCCUACACUUCUCUUGGCAUUUUCUUUCUUUCAGGAGCUUCUGAGGAACCCCUUUUUUAUAAUGGACGGAGUUAGCAGAUUUGAUAUUAUUCAAGGAGAAAUAGGUAAGCUUAUUCCUGUUUUGGAAAAGAUUGACAGGGAGCAAUAACCUGUGCUUGCUUUGUGAUUCUGAGUUCUUGGUGGAAAGGCAUGAAUCAUGGUAACCUCGGUAAACAGUGUAGUUCAUUCCAGACUGCUGCAAGUCUGCAUGCAAUUUAUUGGAGAUAUUUAACAGGAUUACCAAAUGCAGGAGCUCUAAUCCCUGCUACUUUAGCAUAUAUGGCACCCACUCUCUCUAUAUAAGGACAAGGUCUAAAUAAGUCCAGGUAGAAACUUUGAAUACAAGGGUUAAAUAUAAUUAUUGGGUAAGUAGGUACAGCUCUGAUAUGUAUUUCAUCCUAACAUCUCCAUCUGGUCACUCUUACUGUUUUGUGUUUUUUUCUUUUCCUAUAAUACUUCUGUCCAUCUUCUACACUACUCAGACAGAUAUGUGUCUACAUCUCAUAUCAGUUCCAUCUUUUCCUUCCAGCUCAUAAUCAUCUUUGUCUUUGAGAACAGCUCCCGUACUGUAAGAGCUGUCUUCCUUUUUCUCACCUCACUGGGAGCUGUGAAGGUUUUCUAUGCUACUUUCUAGGCUGCAGAUCUCAACAUGACCACAAAAGAUAAGUAUGAAAGUAGCCAUGGAUUGUUAAGUGGCAUCAGGGCUCCCAUGGGGCAUUACUGGUGAAUGCUAGGUUGCUUUUCAAUGUUUUUGAAGAACAGAAGGAAGACAGAAGAAUACUGGCUUCUUUUAAUAAGCUGCUUCUUAGAUGUCUAAGUCUAUUCUUCUGAUGAGCCAGUUAUUUUCUGCAACAGUGAAUAACUUACUGAAUGGUCUGGAUUUUUCCCUUGCUCGAGGUGACUGCUGGAUGCUGGCUGCCCUGGGCUCCCUGACAAUGCAGAAGCGAUUUUUGGAAAAUGUUUUACCAAAGGACCAAGGAUUCCAGAGUGAUUAUGCUGGGAUUUUCCAUUUUCGGUUCUGGCAAUUUGGAGACUGGGUGGAUGUAGUGAUAGAUGACCGGCUGCCUUUCCUAAAUGGGAAUUACCUGUCUGUACACCCUCGAACAUCAAAUGAAUUCUGGCCAUCCUUGUUGGAAAAAGCAUAUGCCAAGCUGCAGGGCUCCUACCAGAACUUGCACGGGGGCUACAUUUCUGAUGCUUUAGUAGACUUCACAGGUGGAGUCCAAAUGCAGUUCUCAUUAAAGGACCCCCCUCCUGAUCUGGAGGAUAUUCUGAAAGCUGCUAGCAAAUCUCAGUGUCUGAUGGGAUGUAGCACCUCAGGCCGGAUGAGAAACACAGUAUUAAGGAAUGGGAUUGUGCAAGGUCAUGCAUACACUGUCACAGGAGCUGUGAAGAUACGAUUCAAGAACCACUGGGAACAUAUCAUCAGAGUCUGGAAUCCAUGGGGCCACGGGGAGUGGAAGGGGACCUGGAGUGAUGGCUCUCCAGAAUGGGACUAUGUUGAGCCUGAAAUUAAGGAAGAGCUCUACAGAAAGAAAAAUGAUGGAGAAUUCUGGAUGUCCUAUGAGAACUUUCGGGAGCAGUUUUCCUGGCUGUGUGUUUGUAACUGCACCCCAACGUUUCUGGACUUUGGAGAUCAGCACCACACAGGAUGGUCUGUGGACAGACACAUCAACCUGUGGAGCCCAUUGCUCGCUACUGGCAGGAAUGACUGGUCCUCUGCAGGUGCAGUUUCAAAGAACCCUCAGUAUUUCUUCAAAGUAACAAAUUAUGACCCCAAAUCCUACAAUGUGGUCAUUUCACUCAUACAAAAAAAUGCAGAGGGUAUGCAGGAUGCACAAACAUUGAAGAUUGGCUUUUUUAUCACCACGGAGAACUCCAAAGUUCUGAAACAAGUUUUCUCCCUUACACGAGAUGUGAGCAGCUGCUUUAAUUUGAGCCCAGGAACUUAUGCUGUCAUUCCUGCUACAACAGAGGACCGAGAAUUUGAAUUUGUCUUACGAAUUUUUGUAAAGAAUCAAGACUACAAUGAGAACGCAAACUCUCAGCUCAACCCAAUGCUGCCAAUGGAUGUACCAAGACAGAAACAGGACAGCUCCUAUAAGGCUAUCUUCCUAAAAUAUGCGAAGCAGGGCUCAGCUAUUGAUGCUUUGCAGUUGCAACAACUUCUUAAUGACAUGGUCCUGCAAGAUGAAAUGACCAGCCUGGGAGGAGAGUUCAGCUUUGAUUCAUGUCGAGCCAUUUUAGCUCUGAUGGAUCUCAAUUCAAAUGGACAACUCACGCUGCAGGAGUUUGGGAGCCUCUGGCGAAGUGUCACCAAGUACAUGGAUCUCUUCAAGAGAGAAGACAGAAAUCGUUCUGGAUUUCUUGAUGUAUCUGAACUGAAGAGUGCAAUACAGACAGCAGGCCUGCCCGUCAAUGAGCAGAUCCUGCACCUGAUGGCCCUGCGCUACGGCGAUGUGUACAGGAGAAUGGGCUUUGCUGACUUCGUGAGCUGCAUGAUGCGCCUUGAAACCAUGACCUAUGCGUUUCAAAACUUAGCCAAAGGUGGACCACAGGUUUUGAUGACGGUGAUGGAGGUGGCUUUUCUCCAAUUUGGUGUGAGGCACCUCCAGGUCAUCCCAUUAACAGCCAUCCAUGGGGCUCUAGAAAAAACAAAUGCUGCAGGCAUGAAGCUGAGUUUUCUUAUUUGCUUACAUGUCACAGUACUUAAAAAUGAAAAAUGUCUGUAACUUCUCAGUAACCUGCACAGAAACUUCACCUCCAUUCUUUAAGCACGAUGAUAAAAGUGAUCUGAUGUUCCAUUCUACUCAUCUACUGGGGCCAGCCUGGCAUUUUUUUUUAGUGGUGGGGAUAUCACCUUUUGUAGCACCCUGAGGAAAUGUUAUAUGCUAUAGUUUCAGGGCACCUACCCGGCUCCCUUCCACAUGGGACAAACUUCCACGUGAGGCUGAUGCUCAUUAAACAAGGAACAUAGCCAUCCACUUUAGGAAAUAGCAUUUCCUUGUUUAAUAUGCCAUAUAUUAGAUUCAGUGCUAUUCAGCUCCAAAUGCCAAGCUGAUGCAGAAACACCUCUGAAACCAAGCUGGUUGUGUGAGAAGAAAGACUGCUGUGCAAAUAGCAAUAUGUGUUUAAAAGGAAUGCGUUUGGGAAAGGAGAUGGGGAUCUCUUUGGGAAGAACUGUUUGACCAUUCAGGGGAUGAAGGCAUCUUCCUGUGAACAUUUGUACCUCAAGGCAUGCAGCAGGCCACAGCUCCAGCCCUCUCUUAAUGUCCAUUUAAUAGAAGCAAGUGCUAGAGAAGGCAGAUGUCAGCACUCACUCAUCUGUGCUGCCCGGAGGUGGAAGCACAACAUUGCAGACACUUCUUCAUAGAUAGCAGACACUUUCUAAAGCCAAAGUUCAGAGUAUGGGAUAAAGGAAUUCAGUUUCCAUUAAAUCACGUCCGGAAAAAUCACUUCUGUAUUUCUGGUGCAGUUUCAUUUGCUACAGCUUUGGGGGAUGGGAGGGAGGUCGUGCUGUUGGGAACAGCUCAAGACGCAGUUUGCUGUCCAUGCAGGCUCUCCAGGACGUGCCUGCAGUGCUGCUGGGCCAACAGUGGCCACAUUCCCACUGACCUGUGUUAGAAGCAUUCAACAGUUGCUCAUAAAUUGCAUAAUUUACCUGAUGAAGGGACUGAGAUGGUGAUUUUGUGUGAGAUGUUAAGCACGAGCAUGUGGAUAUUUCAGUAUAAAAUGCGUUU